GGGUAACCAUAAAAAACCUAAACUUACUAAUUGAAAUACUCAAGACACAAAAUGAUACCAUCUCUGCUCAAAUGAAGGAUCUACAAGAGCAGGUCGAGGAACAAAAUAAUACAAUAGAUAACAAAGAUCUGCAAAUUGUUAAAUUAAAAUUUCAGUUAGAGGAAAUUAAAAAAAUCAAAAAGUUAGAGGAGAAUCCACCAUCUAGUUGCAUCCCCUUUGGCAGUUCCACGGGUGUACAUCGAAUCAAGGCUCUGGGCAUCGAUUCCUUUGAUGUGCUCUGCGAUAGUCAGACAGCUGGAGAUGGUUGGACGGUGAUUCAACAACGUCUGGAUGGCAAGGAGAACUUCACCAGAAAUUGGGCUGCAUAUAGAAAUGGAUUUGGCUCCUUUGACGGUGACUUUUUCCUUGGCUUGGAAAAGAUUCAUCGCUUGACCAGCGAACGACGUCACAUACUUCACAUUCAUAUGGAACACUUUAAUGGAACUAUCCAUUUCGUUCAAUACGAUCACUUUAAUGUCUCCAGUGUCGAUGAACAUUACGAGUUGAAUCGUUUGGGACAAUUUUCCGGGAAUACAACGUACAAUACUCUACGAAUGCAUAUAAAUCAGAAAUUUACGACUUACGAUCGUGAUAAUGACAUUUCGGGUAAUUAUAAUUGUGCGGAUCAUAAUGGAGGCUGGUGGUACACGAAUUGUGUUCAUGCUAACCUAAAUGGACUUUUCUUCAAUGAGAGCGUUAAGAAUAAAAGAAGCAUGCACUGGAAUGAUUUUGAUGCUCUGCGGAGAGUUAAGAUGUCGAUACGUCCAAAAAUAGAUUAAGUAGUAAUAUAGUAAUUUUCAUAAAGGGAUAAUUGUAAUGAUCAAACAAUAAACCUAAGAUUUUCAUAAUUUAUUUAAAUCUAAUACACCUGGCAAUUA